AUGCCGACGAUAGACGACGAAGUAGUUGGAGACGUCAUCAAGAAACAAGUCGCCGCCGUAAAGAAAAUGACAAACAAAAUAAACACAUCAAAAAGAGAGUAUAUGGGACGGAGAAGUCUCGGAGUGGCCACGAAAGUGAAACGGAAGAAGAGCAAGACCGAGAGGGAUAGAGAUAUACAGGAUGACAUGUAUGAUGAAGACUAUAAUGGCUCCUCAACAUCGUCCUCCUCUUCCCGCCCCUACCGAUGCAUUCCAAUUCUCGAAAGAUCCAAUCGAAGCUCUCACAACUAUCUCCCAUCCGUCGAGUCCAGUUCUAGUGACAGUGACCGAGAAAUCCGUCGUCCUCCACUCCUCUACAGUACUCUUUUGACGUCUCCUCCGAAAACUUUAUCGAUCGAUUCGUUGACAGAUCAAUUUGAUCAGAUAGAAGUUACUGAUCGGAGUAAACUUCAUCUCGAGAUCUCUCAUUUUUUGAAAAAAGCGGACGGAGAGAAGAAGAAACAAAUGCAAAUGUCACAGAGAAUGAUGAAUUGUCCGCAAUUUGGACAGACUAUGAGACUGAUUGUAGAAGAAAGUGAACACACUAGAUAUACAUUUGAAAACAUUCUAUGGUUGAUUCUCAAAGCAUAUUUCUCUGUGGGAGCAAACGGAAGAGAUAUAAUAAUUGGGAAGUCUGAAUGGAUGGCUGAGGAUGAGAGUAUAGCGAAGGCAAGGAAACAGUAUAUGAUGGUGAUGGAUAUGAUUAAAGAAUUCAAGUUUGAAUUCAUCAAAUGUGAUAAAGACGACUCCUCCUUCGAUUCUCUCAACCGCCGAAUGGAAUUCUCCCCGGAUUACUGUGAAAGUCUUCGAGAAGCCAGGAAAAGAAUCACUGAUAUUCUAGAUAAAUAUGACACUCUUGUUGAGUUGUUCCCAAAUCAGACUGCUUUAUGGAAAGUUGUUGAGCUCGAUAGAGGAGAGGCUGAGAAGAAAUUACUGGAAGGGAGGAUGACUUCGAUGAGAGUUUGGUUGAAUACGUUGAAUGAUAUGGCAGAUAAAUUUAAAGUGCUCGGCGCCCUAUUUGAAGUUGAAUCCAUGAACAAUCAUGAAUGGUUCCGCCCCCUCGACGAAGACAACAAGAUAUUCGCUCUGGAAGAUGUACGUGUCGUAUUUCUGGAGUAUGUAAAGAAGAGUCUAAACCUGAAAGGAAUGAAAAAAGUGUUGAAUCGAGUGGAGAAAAUCAUCGAGCUGACACUCGUAAAAACAGCGAUUCUGAUGCAAAAACCGCCUCAAUCAUACGCGGAAGCCACUGCCUCUCGUGGAUCAUCAUUCCCAUUCAGUCAACUAAUGAAGGAUAGAUACGGGGAUAUGGCACAAUGGAGAUUCUGUAAUGCACUUUCUCACUCUCUGAAUCUUCCUCCUCUCACUCAUCUUUUCUUCUUUCUUGUCGCUGUUCCCAUGCAAUUAGUUGUCCAUUGGUUAGAGAUUCGAUCAGCAACUGAACCACCAGACUCGUCUCUUCUCGAUGAAUUGACAUUCGAUGCAAUGAUUACUGAUUCAAGAGAUUGUGUUGAGGAGGCUGUUCGGAUUAAAAAGAACUACUCGACGAUUCUACAGUCGAUGUGUUCGAAGUGCGCAAUGCCCGGAUUUUUGUAUCCAUUGAAGUAUACCACUUAUGUUUUGGAUGUUUUCAAGAAAUACAUCCACUACGUAAAAUGCUGGUCUAACUGCGACACAGUCCGAAAAGAGCCAACUCUCCUGUUCUCUCGUCUUGAAAUGGAAUGGACUUCGGCUGUUCAAUGUGCUCAAUCUGUGAAAUCUGCUCUCGGACUUCUCUGUAUCACAUAUUGUGAUAUCAUUGAGUCACUUAUCAAAGAAGUCGUCGAGGAAUUCGCAAUUGAGCAAAUUGAAGAAAUCAGAAAUCGAUACAAUGAUCCAGUUGAAUCAGAGAAUGACGAUGAUGAUGAUUAUGAGUUGGAAGUUCCCGGAUCUCCACGUAAACCAAUUCUCCGUCAUCAAUCGAAUCAUCAAUUCAUGUUAGAGAUAAAUCUAUUGAUUAGAGAAGUCAAAGAACGAGAACUUCGGAUAUUCUCACUCCUCCGAAUCACUCUGAAUGACAGUCAAGAUGCAGUUGGAUACACUCUCCGACCGGAUAUCGACCGAACCAGAAUGUUCAAUGAAAUGAUUCCAGACUUUUGUCUGAUUCAAUUGGUUAUGUCAUCUGGAGAAGAGGAUCAAUACGAUGACAACGACUUGGUGAAUCUUCCGAUCGUCCUGUUUGUUUAUCGGACUACGGUAGAUAAGUCUUACGUGGAAACAUGCAUGUUAGCUAUAUCAGAAGGACGGAAAAUCGACGAUGGAUGUAUUGUUAUCGUGCCGGAUAAAGAUUUCGAAUUGCAAAAACAUUGGAAAGGACGAGUUGUGAAGAUUGAGAUUGACGAAGAGACGAGAAUUUGUUAUAGGUUUUUGAGAGAAGACAUGACACUCUGCUUGGCAAGUGCAAAUAUUCGUGCAAAUAUCGAACAAAAGUAUUCGAAAUUUUUGAAAUGUGUCGCACCGGCGUGCUCGUCGAACUUCAUUAUCAAUUCUAGGAUUCAGACAUUGACGGAAAAUGCACUGUUGGAACAUCUGGAUGAGGAAGGUAGACGGAUUUCAAUGCUUCUUGGGAAGCUAGGAGUUGGACAACAUGAGGAACGAACCUUGUCCAGCCUAGGAUUCAAACUGGAAAAACAUUUUCUCGUCGCCUUCCAAAUUCACCGUGACGUCGCGAAGGUUGUCAGUGACUCAUUUAUGGAUGAACUUGGAAGUAAAAUGAUCGAAAAAGCACUUAUGUUGACUCGACAGUGGAUGAAAUAUGUCCAACUCAAAAACUCAGUUCCCUCUCCAACUCUUCCUAUGUGGGCGAUUCCUGGAUUCACUUUUCUUCAAUUCAUCACUGAACCGAAAUGGAGUAAUCCAGAGAUAAUGACUGAUGAGCAGCACAAAGAAUUCAAUGAUCUCGUGAAACAAUUCGAGGCGAAGAUCAUUUUGUCUUCAUCGAAUAUGAGCACUCCAAUUGUUCCGAAACAGAGAAUGACACGAUCGACUAGCUCGAAGACGUCGUCCUCGUCGAUGGAGAAUCAGAAGAAGAGCAAGAAGGAGAAUCAGAUGUUACGCCUGCAGGAGUUGGAGGAUAAGAGACAUAAAAUUGAUCUUGAUAAUCGACAGGCUGGAAGAGUGGUAACUGAUGAUAGUCACUUUGUCUUAGCGACUGAUCGAAAAGUUGUCACUAGAGCGCCGUUCCUGUUUGCUCUUCUUGACGAGAUAGCCGCCGGUACAUUCGGAGUGGUUCACCGUGCAAUGGAUAUCACAUCUCAUCGUGUCAUCGCAGCAAAAGUGAUGAGAAUCCGACGUGAAAACCACAAAGCGAUCGAAUCGGAAAUCAAUAUUUUCCGCCAACUAACUCAUGAAAAUCUAGUGAAAUAUUACGGAGUUGAAGUGGAAGAUAGUGACGUCAUCAUCUUUAUGGAAUUCUGUUCCGAAGGAACUCUCGAGAGAAUAUGUCACGGAAGGAUGGAUCUGAAAAUGGUGCGACAGUACACGCAUAGUCUUUUGAGAGCAGUUCAAUACCUUCACACCCAAAAAAUCAUCCAUCGUGAUAUCAAACCGGCAAAUAUAUUUUUGGAUAAAUGCACUGUUUUGAAGUUGGGAGAUUUUGGAAGUUCAUCUCGACUCGUGGAGACAUCUACAGUAUACGGAGAGUUCCAAACGACAGCUGGAACACCUCAAUUCAUGGCUCCAGAGAUAUAUUCGUAUGGAGAGAAAGAUGAAGUGACUGGAAGUUAUAGUGGAUACGGUAGAAGUGUUGAUAUAUGGGCAAUUGGUGGUACGGUAGUCAAUAUGAUGACUGGAAAACUACCGUUCGAAGGACAGACCAGACACCAGAUCGCGUUUGCGAUCUGUUUCCGAAAACAGAAACCAAUCUACCCGGAGAUUGCGAACGAACGUCCGGAUGUCCGUUCAUUCCUUGAUAAAUGCUUUGAAUUCCAAGCAGCUGAUCGUGCAAAUGCAUCAGAACUCCUACAGACAACAUUCGCAAAUGUGAAUGUAUCCGAUGAAUAUCACUUCCCGGAUUACCACUCACAGACAUCGAAAGACACUUCUAAUUCUUAUUUCUUUGUUUGA